CAGCCCUCGCAGAAGACGUUCAUCAUCAAGCAGAAGCUUGCCAAGAAGGCGCGCCAGAACCGCCCCAUCCCCCAGUGGUUCCGCCUCAAGACGGACACCAAGAUCCAGUACAACGCCAAGCGCCGCCACUGGCGCCGCACCAAGCUCAACCUCUAA